AUGGUCCGCAAUACUGCUCAAGGAAUACUUCUGACAGGUGGUAGUCUUCACGGUCGAGGCACCAACUCAAAGGAUUCCCUCGUGCUCACAUUUCUAGCUGCUAUUCGAUAUGAGCUAGGCGAUCAUCAUACCUACGAUUUUGUUGAGGGCGUAGUUCCCUGGGAGAUUGAUCCUGAGAUCAAGCACUUACUACCGACUGGAUACGAGACUUACACGUACUUUGACUAUACUUCAGAGAAGUCCACCCGCAAAGCCGUAGACGACUUGGAGACGUUUCUGCAGACCGACGGCCCAUACGACGGCGUUAUCGCCUUCAGCCAGGCCGCCUCCCUUGUGAGCACCUGGAUGCUCCGCCAAGCAAAAAAAGGAAAACAUAGCAACCCUGGUUUCAAGUGCGCCAUUUUCCUGUCUGCUGCUCUUCUUCCGUAUGACUUUGAGCAGCUAGAGGAAGGUCACCUCCAGCUAGUGGCGACUGCGGAGGUUGGUGAAGCCAUUAGCAUCCCGACGGCACAUGUAUGGGGAGAAGAGGAUCAAUUUUCCGAUACGGCGAGGGACUUCACAAACUUAUGCAAGUCGGAUGUUAGGUCUAUCUUCAUCCACAGAGGGGGACAUGAAGUACCGGGAGCUAGCUCCAAAGAGGCUGUAUCGCGCGCUGUCAACAUUAUCCGCCGGGCGAUUCAGCUCUCGGAGGCGUCGUUUUAA